AUGGCGAAUCCUCAGUUUACUCCUUACAAAUCUCUUCAAGAUCUCAGAGUCUUGAAACAGUGGUUCUUUUCAACAGAGCCUGAAGACCUCAGGCAGAGGGCUAUACAAAGAGUUCAGGCUUACCUCACAAGAGGAAAUGUGCCGCAUUCGAUAGAAUCUACCUCAAGCCUGACAUCCUCUGUCCUUCUGGACGAAAUGUUUAUUAAAGGUAUACUAACUGACCCGACUCCAAUCCAACUCUCCUACACAAUGUCUAUCAUCAAGUUUGUGAAUGGGUUGUUGGACCCCUAUCAGAGAGCGAGAUUCACAAUACCCUUACACAAGUUGGCACAAGUACUUGGGCUUCCCUCAUACUUUGUGGAACUAAGACAUGCUGGUACACACGAGGCGUUGCCUAGUUUGUCCAUGCUUCGCAUUACCUGUCAAAAUGCUUUGAAAUGGUUACAGGCAAACUACUGGGAUUUGGCAUUGGAAAACACAGAGAACGAAACAGAAGCCACGCUAAAACAACUGACAGAUAACGAGCUGGAAUACGUGAAAACAAUUAAAAAGGAAGUCAAAGCCUACAGCAAGAUACGAAGAGAAGACGUGAAAAAGAUGUUCAAGCCGGGUGAUUCUAGCGUUUCGGGAAAGCAAUACUGGGACUCAUUGAAGAACCUAAAAAUCCUUUAUGAUCAGAAUCAAACCCUCUUUCUGGAGACUAUGUUUUUUGACAGAAUAUUCAUUGUUGGUGAUUUCUUGAGCGAGGGCAAAAUAGAUGGACUCCUCAGGUUUUACAACCCCAUCAUCAGUUAUCUCAAAGCAACCUCAACGGUUUUAAGGUACAUCUCGACUGUGGAAAUACUAUCCACCAAUGGAAGUAAUGAGGCAAAUCAACAGCAAAAAUGGAUACAAAGGAUGAUCGCUGAUGUUGCAACUGAUAUUGGCGAAGUUGGGAGUCUGUUAGACCACAUAGAAGAUGUAUCCAUCGAUAAUAGGCUUCUUCUUCUUGAAGGUUUGAAGACCAAGGUACAAGAUGACGAAAAACUACUGAAGAAAGUGAGCCUGCUGAUUCAGGCAACCAAAUUCGAGAAGAUGAAUAAAAGCAUUGACCAAAUAUCUUUUGGAGGCGAUAGAAAAAGAUCAACUGAUAAUGUCGAUUUCGGCAAGGCCAAGAAGUCUAAGGUGGAUGGUGCGGCAGAUGAGGAACAUAUAUGGACGAAGUCAAAUUCAUGGGAUUUCAGACCCUAUGGUGAAGUCUAG